GUGCGGCGCAAUGGAUGGCUGUUGUCCUUGGCUCCCGCCUGAUUUCCGAGCGUUCAUCUCUCCAUCCUCGCAGGAUUCAUUCAAAUCACCGUGUCUAUCUACACCGAAAUUCUGUUGUCGUCUGAGGGAGUUCCCUCGCACGAGACCGCCUCGCUGGUCGCUACUGUGCACGACGACGCCGGCGGUGGAUCGGCAUUCAGACCCAAUAUGGGUUUCUCUUCAAGGGCAGCACCACCAGCAAGCUGCUUGCCAAGCCGGCGACCAAGGCACCGGGACAUGCUGACCAAGAUGCAGGCAGUCCUGUUGGCGGCUGCUCUGUUGGUCGUGUGCGCUGCUGGCCAAAGUCAAGACAGCAACAAAAAGCCGGACUUUGUGUAUCCCAUCGACAACUCGAAGCCCAUCUACAACAAGUUGGACACGGUCAUGGUCAGCUACAUCAGCUACACCGACACGGUCGACCUCUGGACUUUUUGCGAGCCCGGCGUCGCCAGAGUUAUUUACAGACAAGACGCGCCGGGAUUCGACUCCACCGUGCCCAUACUGCUCAAUUUCACGUCGGACACGCCCUGUUGGUUCAACAUUCGGACGGGCCCAGAAGACAGCGUCCGUCAGGAUAACAGCGAAUGGUUUAAUCUCCUCGGCGUGGAACGCGCAGAGGGGAGGACGACCUGGUCGCUGUCGUCGGACGCGACGACGUCGACAUCGUCAUCGUCAUCAACAUCGAUAUUGACUUCGACAUCGGCUUCGACAUCAACUUCGACAUCGACCUCGAUCUCAAGCACAGAGAGCAGAACCCUGCCGCCAACAUCUACGCCUGCGGAUAGCAAUACCGGUGGCAAUACUGGCGGCACCACCUCGGGCGGGUUGAACGCGGCCGUAAACACAUCAUCCGAAAGUAACGGUCUAAGCGCGGGCGCCUCAGCGGGGAUUGGGAUCGGCGCGGCGAUUGGUGUGCUUGUACUUGCGGGGCUUGCGUUCUGGUAUUGGCGGCGGAGGAGGGCGGCAGCGGCGGCGGCGGCGAUGAUGGGAGGCGGAUAUCCGCAAUACGCACCGCCGUACGUAGCCGAGAUGCCCGUUCCUGGUGCGACGAAGUGGACUCAUGGUGGCGGGGGAUUUGGCCCCUACGGCCCCGUCGCCGAGAUCGCUACAUCGGGUGCGCAGGGACCGCGCACGCACCAUGAAAUGGCGGCAUAGUGGGCCCAUGCAUUCGGAUAGCGCUGGUGCCGGGCGGAGAGAUUCCUUCGAGAGAUGAUACCAUGAUUGAGUUUAUCGACAUAGAGCGGUUUGUACACUUAGUGUAGACAACAUCACUGACCACUGCAAAGGUAGAUUUAUAAAUUUUAAUGGGUUUCACAAACCCUUUUUGCGCUGUUUCCCAUUCGAUGACUCAGCCAAUGCAGAGCGCCGAAAGGCAACCACGCCCCAACGAAACUUGAAGACCGUUCGUUGA